ACGAAGAGGAGUAGGGAUGAGUGAGUAGAGAGCAAAAUAUCGCCAUUAUUUCACCUUUAGUUAUAGAAAUAUCGCCAUUUAACAAAGUGUUUAUCGCACAAGUUGUUUAAGUGAUUAAAAGCCCCUAGCUUUAUAAAUACUCGAUGUUAUUUUAGGAUUGUAAGUAGUGUGGGAAUUGUAAGUACGCGGCCACAGAAGCCAAAUUGUAUGUGUAAAGAGCUAACCGUUAGCUGACAGGCUACCUAGCAUAGCCAUUGAUGCAAUGGCGUUGAAAAGAAUUCAGAAGGAGUUGUCCGACCUGCAGAGGGACCCACCUGCCCAGUGCUCUGCCGGACCGGUGGGAGAUGAUUUGUUUCAUUGGCAGGCAACAAUAAUGGGUCCGAGUGACAGUCCGUAUCAGAGUGGAGUGUUUUUCCUCACUAUCCACUUCCCAACAGAUUAUCCAUUCAAGCCACCCAAGGUGGCAUUUACUACAAAAAUUUACCACCCAAAUAUCAACAGCAAUGGGAGUAUUUGUCUGGACAUACUGAGGUCACAGUGGUCACCUGCACUUACUGUAUCGAAAGUAUUAUUGUCUAUCUGCUCUCUUCUUUGUGAUCCAAACCCGGACGACCCACUGGUUCCAGAGAUCGCCCAUACAUACAAGGCUGACAGGGAAAAGUACAACAAAUUAGCAAGAGAUUGGACACACAAGUAUGCAAUGUGAGAACACCAGGGAGAUCAAUAAACAAAUGAGAACAAAAGAAACACGUUUGAUUUGUAACUUGAGGGAAAUGAGCAACAGAGUGGAAAAAAACUAGUCAACACCUAUCUUUUCGAGGAGGAAACGAUACAAUGAGGUACAGUGCCACCUGGCUUUCCAUGUGCUGAGCUGCUACCAUGUGCUGUCCUUCAUAUAUGGAUCUGCAGAGCAGGACCUGAUGGGCUCCUUAAAGCACUCCCAUAUGGAAUACCGGAAACUCUUCACAGCCCAUACCGCCUCUUUCAGACUUUAAACUGUUACUUCCUGCUAUUGUGAUUAUCACUAUCAUGUUGCUAUUUAUCAUUUUCACUGUCUGUGAGUCAUAUCGCCGUGCUACUCGGAGGCAAAAUGUUUGAUUUCUUUAAGAGGUUGGCUCUCCCUUUAUUUCAGAGGUACUGUCUGUGUCCCACUGGAUGUCUCGUUCUUACUGUACUUCCAUGUAUUUAGUGGCCUUUCUGUGUUGUUAUGUUUUUGGUAAAUGUGCAAUUGAGGCAGAAUGUUCCCUGUUCAACAUGAAACGGUGCAGUGCCACCACCAGCAGCUGAUCUGUUGGCACAUACUGUCUCUACCCCCAAACAAUGUGAAAAUGUAACAAAUCAUUGGUCUCUAUCUCCCACUACAUCUCAAAAGCAACAGUAUUAAAAGGGUUUGACAAACACUGGAUAGCUGCUGUCAGCAGCUAGCAAGCCCUUGAGCAGUUUGGCUCCAGAGAGGUGAAUGUCAACUUCCAUUUUUCUCACACAUACCGUCAUUGCUCUCAUAUCCUGUAACAGUAAACACCCACAGCUGGUGUCUAUAGUGCACAAACUACUACUGUUUGACUUGUUACUUGUUGUGUAGCUAUGAAUGCAGCUACUCUUUGGCCAAUAGCCGAGCUGUGUGCCACCUCCUCAGUGCAGUUACUCAGGUAUCUUGUUCAUAUAAUCAGCCUUUACAUGCAGUGACCCAUGGUGAGAAAAAUGACUGGGGCUCAUAUCAUCAACCUACUAAAAAUAAAAUUAAUCUGCAUUCAGUAGUUUGUUCAUAUUAAAGAGAACUCAUGCUUCCCUGAAGAGUUCACGCUAUCAACAACAGAUCAGUACUCCUGAUGUUCUAUAUGCACAAAGGCCCUGAUUUUCUAUUUUUGUUUAGAUAUACUGUUCCAGAAGUAAACUUAUUUUGUCAGAGAUAUGUUUUCAUUAUCAAGUUCAACUUCCUGUUUUUACCUUUUAAUUUAUUUUAAACGACUCUUUUUAAAUGACCUGUUCCCUAGAUUAGAAAGGCCUUUGGUUACAGCUGAUGUCAUUCAAAAUGGGAACUCAGACAUACUUAACAUUUUGCAGAACCAAGUUAUUUUAAAGUCACAUGCUUUUUGUUUCUCUGGGUAAAUUAAUAUUGUAGCCUGCCAUAAAUAAUCUGGUACUUUCAAGUUUGUCAACAUUUGUUUUGUGCAGUUUAAUUAUCAGGUCUGCAAACAAAUUUUAUUCUGGGGUUAAAUAUCCUCACUGAUAAUAUAUUCAUCUGGGUACAAUUAUUUGUGACAUUUGUAUUGUAUUUUGAAAGCUUUAGUUAAGGCCAUUAUUAUUAUUUUUUUCAUUCAAGUCACUUUAAUUCAAAAACAUGAUUGUGAUGUGUCAUAAUGUAAUAUUAGUUUUGAUAUAAUCCAUCGUGACUAAAGUAGUUAGGAAAUGCUAUGAUUUUUUUAUCUUGGCUGAUAAUGUGCUGAUGCUGCCAAUAUAAAGGGAAUUAUUUGACAUUAUAAAGGGGGAAUAAAUUUAGCUAUUGUGGCAUUAUUGAGAGGAUCAAUCCAGAAAGGUCCUUAGUAAAGCAUGACAAUUAUAGAAGCUUGAUCGUAGAAAAAUAACACCAUGGUUUAGGUGCCAGAUAUAGAUUCACUACUGUUAGCAGCUGUAGAGAAAAAAAAAUGUUCUGAAACACAGUAUAAACUAAAAGGUUUUGAAAAUAUAUCCUCUAAAUGCAGUGAUUUUUUUUGUUGCUGCCAGACCACGAUUGAAAAAGAUGUGUGUAAUAGUUCUAGUUCAAACUUUGUGUGCUUUGUUGUUUGUUCUUCUGGCUAAUUUAUUUAUUUGAAAGCUGAGUAUCUUCCAAAUGUAAGAUUGAAUGCAGCCUCAAUUCGUCAUGUGAGUGAUGUGACAUUGACUCUCUUUGUCCAGUGUGCUCAAUAGAGUUUAUAUAGGCAGCUUGGCAUGCUUUGCACUCUGGAGAACCGUCUCACAGCCAUUUGCCAGAUAUCAGGGAUUUCGUUACAAUUCAUCUGCCUAACACCUCGGACUGAAAUUUUAGCCUUAACCCUCAUUCUGUGUAUAUAUAUAUAUAUAUAUAUAUAAAGAGAACAUUGUCAUAAUCUGUAAAUUUGCUAUCAGGGCUGUAUCCCCUUUAAUGGGUGAGUCAUUUCUUUAGCAGACACAGAAACUUGCUUGAACAGCACUAAUAUUUCUGUUUAAAAAAUCAGCCUGGCUUUCUCCUGAAUGCAGGACCAGCCUUUUUGCAUCCUUAAAAUCUGGAAUAUGUGCGCUUGAACUGCCACCAUGAACGUCCACAUUUCCUCACAUAGCCUACACAAAAUAACUAUUGACCUUCUCAUAACAUAUGAAUAAAGUUCAUCUUGGUUUA